AUGGCCGGCCCGCCACCACCACCAGCGCACGCAUACUGCGGGCCGUUCGCGCCACCGCCAGAGUGGUUCAAUCCGGUUCUCGCGCACUCGGCGGCCUGGUACACUUACCUCCCCUUUCAUCCUCACUCUCCCCCUUUCAUCCUCACUCUCCCCCUUUCAUCCUCACUCUCCCCCUUUCAUCCUCACUCCCCCCCUUUCCUCCCCUUUCCUCCUCCUUUCUGGCCCCAUUUGCCACCGCACGCGCAUCUGGACCCGGGAAUCCUCAUCGAGCAGCCAGUCUACCAGGCCCCGCCCCAAACCGCGCACCACUACCACCUCGACCCAAAUCUGGCGCGCAAUCCCGCCGCCCACCCGAGCGCUCUGCCCACCUGCGAGGCAGAAGAAGACAUUGCGACGACGCGCAAAAUGGCCGAGUCUGAGCUCUCGCCGCUGCGCCGGCGCGAUAUCCUGGGUAUCGGAAAGCUCGAGCCCCCGUUUUCAGAGGAUGCCGCCGCAGUCCAACCGCUGCGUGUUCCGUCGACUGGCGCGGCCAUGGACAGAGAUGUGACGAUGGCGCCACUGCCGCUGAUGCCGCCGCCAGGCCUACCAUUCCCAAUGCUGCCAAUGCCCAUGCGAAUGCCACUGCCAAUGCUAUUCGGCGGGCCGUUCCCGUCUCCGCUCCAGCUCCCUAUGCCGCCGUAUCCGCCCAUGCCGCUGCCGCCUCUGCACCAGGCACAGAAUCUACAGCAGGCACAGAUCCCACAGCCAGCACACAUACCACAUGCCCCGCCGCGAGCACCGCAGCACGCGACACACUCUGCUCCAUCUGCCUGCGAGAAAGGCACCUUCAUUGCGGCCGAGACCACUACCACGGCAACUACCCAGACUACUACCAUCGCUCAUAAUCACAAGCGCAGCACCAGCAGCUCGCAGUGGACGGCGGCCAUGGCCGACCUGCGCAACGUCAUCGAGGCGGCGAUCCGGGAGUGGGACGCCUCUGCUUCGACGGCCGACGCGCUAAUCGAGCGGAUCAUGGAGGAGAUCCAGACGAUGAUGAUAGGCUCGCCGGCGGGCGACCAAGAGCAACAGCACGCGAACGCGAAGCCGCAGCUGGAUGAGAAAAAGGAGAAAGACGAGCGCGGCGCGGUUUCGCUGCCCAACGGGGUGGCUGCUUACGCACAUGACGGCGCGGGCAAGACUAAGAAGCGGCACCAAGACCAGGAUCGCCACCGCUGUGGUUAUGAUGACGGCAUCGACAAGAGCACUCCUCAAAACAAUCACGGCCAUGAGGAUGAAGACAAAUAUUGCGGGCGCAACAGCGAUUUUAGAGGACGGCAUGCUGCUAUUGCUACUACUAAUGCUGCCGACGACGGCGAAGAGACUGGCUCGCGGCUGGCGCGCGAAAAGGAGCGGCCCGACAGCCUGGGGCGCAAGAUGGCGGCCGUGGGCGAGUGGGUGCGUGGCGCGCUCGAGUCGCUCGACAAAGAGGUGCGGGCGAGACUGGGCGGCGACGUGUUAGACAAGCAGGGUUCCUAG